AAAUUUACUAAUUUUAUUGCAGUGCAUCAAUUACUGAAAAUUCCUAAUGUUUUCUUUCUCUUCUCUCCUGCAGCUCCCUGCUCAGGCAACACUUACUUCUGCCAUAGCAACAUGUGCAUCAAUACUUCUUUAGUGUGCAAUGGCAUUCAGAACUGUGCAUACCCUUGGGAUGAAAAUCACUGCAGAGAAAAGAAAAUAACUGGAUUGUUUGAACAAAUCACCAAAACUCAUGGAACAAUCAUUGCCAUCACAUCAGGGAUAGUUUUAGUACUUCUCAUCAUUUCAAUUCUAGUACAAGUAAAGCAACCUCGCAAAAAGCUUAUGGCUUGCAAGACUUCUUUCAAUAAAGCUGGCUUCCAGGAAGUAUUUGAUCCUCCACAUUAUGGACUAUUUUCAUUAAGGGACAAAGAAAUUUCUGCAGAUCUGGAAGAUUUAUCAGAGGAACUUGAAAACUACCAGAAAAUGAGACGCCCUUCAACAGCUUCCAGAUGCAUUCGUGACCACCACUGUGGUUCCCAGGCCUCUAAUGCCAAACAAAGCAGGACAAACCUCAGCUCCAUGGAACUUCCCUUCUGCAAUGACUUUGCACAGCCUCAGCCAAUGAAAACAUUUAACAGCACAUUCAGGAAUAGUUACACUUUCAAACAAGUGCAUGACUGCCCUGAACAAGUCAUAGAAGACAGGGUGAUGGAGGAGAUUCCGUGUGAAAUUUAUGUUCGAAGAAGAGAAGAUAUGACACAAGGUUCAUUAUCUAUUGACUUUUGAUUUCCUAGUGAAGGUGGUAUCAGUGUCUAUACAAGAUGCUUGUGUAUAAUGCCUGAAUAUAUUCAAAGUGUAUUAUAUGCAGCGUGAGAUGCACACACUUUUAGCUUGUUAUACUUCAUUUAAAAAAAAAGUCUGCCUAACUAAUUCUUGCUGAGAAAUGGUGGAUUUCCUCCCAUCUUCCCAAGCUACCUACCUAGUGGAGGAGUAAGACAGAGACUUUGCAUGAAUAUUAUAAGUAAAGGAUAUUGGAAGAAAAAAACAGCUACUAAUCACUUAAGACCGAAACCAAUGAUACUAUUCUCUUACUCAUAUCAUUUUCUCUUCUUUAGAUGCCUGCAUUUCAAGACAAUUUUAAUACCUCAGUUAGUUACAUAAAUAAAAGUGCACCGCAUGUAUGUCAA